AGGGAGAGAGAGUAAAAGCAGUAGACAGGAUUACUGGUACAGGAGUGAUGGACUUAGUCCAGUCAGACUGAGAGAGAUCACAUGGGCUCCUUCUUUGGACUGUGAGGAGCAAGCUGACCAUGCUGUUGGAUCUUCUGCACCUAUUAGAGAGGUUCAUCUGAGGACUUCUGAAUACUUCUCUCAAACCUCACUGCUGUUCAUUUCUUGGACAUGCAUUAGAAUUUUACAGUAGGAAUCAAGUAAUCAUCAGUUUAAAAGAUCUGAAAAUCAUAAUUCUUUGAUAUAAUUGUAAGGAAUGUUCACAUUCAUUUGCUCAGAGAAAAGGUCUUGAAGCGACUGCUACCGGCAUCUGACAGGCAUUUGCGUCAGAGGUGUUUAAUAGGAGUCUUUAAGAGGGAAGACCUUUCCACUGACACGGAGGACAUACUGACAAGAGAAACAGAGGGGGGAUUACGAGAGAGAGACGGAAAGAGAGGAAACCCCCACAGAGCAUUUUUUUUGUUGUUUAUUAGUUGUGAUGACUCUUUUCACAGAACUUUCUUCAGGACACUGACGGGUUUGAAAAGGGAGCCGUGCAAUAGACUGGAGAUAUUAGGCCUGUUUGGAGUGCCAUCAUGGAUCUUCCUGGGCUGGUAUGGUUGGUGUUGCUCCUGGUGAGUGGGCCGAUCCGAGGAACCGAGGGUGGCGCUCAGGAGUUUGACAGCAGUGACGAAGGUCCAGAGGUUGAAUUCCUAUCGACGUCUCGCAUCCGGCGGGCCCCCGAACCUCCUCCCCAAGACAAGUGCUCUUACACCUUUAUAGUACCCCAGCAGAAGGUUACGGGAGCCAUAUGUGUGAACUCGAAGGAGCCCGAGGCUUUGCUGGAGAACCGUGUCAAUAAGCAAGAGCUGGAACUUCUCAAUUCGGAGCUACACAAACAGAAGAGACAAAUUGAGACUUUGCAGCAGCUCGUUGAGGUGGACGGAGGUAUCGUCAAUGAGGUGAAGCUUUUGCGCAAGGAGUCUCGCAACAUGAACUCUAGAGUGACGCAACUAUACAUGCAGCUACUGCACGAGAUCAUCCGCAAAAGGGACAAUGCGCUGGAGCUGUCCCAAUUGGAGAACAAGAUCCUUAACCAGACUUCUGAGAUGCUGCAGCUUACCAACCGCUAUAAAGAUCUGGAGUACAAGUAUCAGCACCUUGCAUCGCUAGCAAAUAACCAGUCAACACUCAUUUCCCUUCUCGAGGUGCAGUGUCAGAGGGGACCACCAGUUGUGGCUCCAAGGGUCCAGGCUCAACCUCAGCCCCAACCUCAACCAAGACCCUCAUCACCCAUCAAUAAGCCCCACCAGCCACCCACCUUCAGCCGCAACACCCAGAUCAACAAUGAGAUCCAGAGCGAUCAGAACCUAAAAGUCCCGCCGGUCCCUCCUCCCACCGUUCCAGGUGCAACUAACAGCCCAUCUACAACAAACAAACCCUCAGGUCCAUUCAAGGACUGUCUGCAGGCUCUGGAAGACGGCCACACUAACAGUGCCAUGUAUCUAGUGAAGCCGGAGAACACAAACAAACUGAUGCAGGUGUGGUGUGAUCAGAGACAUGACCCUGGUGGCUGGACAGUCAUCCAGAGAAGAAUGGAUGGAUCUGUCAACUUCUUCAGAAACUGGGAGACGUAUAAGCAAGGCUUUGGAAACAUUGAUGGAGAAUAUUGGCUGGGGCUGGAAAACAUACAUUGGUUAACCAACCAGGGGAACUACAAACUGCUGGUGACGUUGGAAGACUGGGCUGGACGCAAGACGUUCGCAGAGUACGCAAGUUUCCGUCUCGAGUCCGAGGCCGACUUUUACAAGCUCAGAGUGGGCCGUUACCACGGCAAUGCAGGUGACUCCCUAACUUGGCACAAUGGGAAGCAGUUUACCACUCUGGACAGGGAUCAUGACGUGUACACAGGCAACUGCGCUCACUACCAAAAGGGAGGCUGGUGGUACAACGCUUGUGCCCACUCAAAUCUGAAUGGCGUGUGGUACAGAGGCGGUCACUACCGCAGUCGGUAUCAGGACGGGGUUUACUGGGCUGAAUUCAGGGGAGGCUCUUAUUCUCUCAAGAAGGUUGUCAUGAUGAUCCGACCCAACCCAAACACCUUCCACUGAGCAGCACAGAAACACAGGGCACAAACUCAUGACUGCUUGCCCAUGUUCACCCUAUACAGUGCAAUUCACUUAGACUGUGUUUUUUAAUUAUGCUUUUUAAGUAAAUAUAGUAGCUAUAUAUAACAUGUGUCUGAAAACACGGGGAAGAAGCUACAAAUACAGAAAAUAAAAUGUCUGAUCGCGUGAUCUAUUUUCCUUAAAACCUUAAAACUAAAAUGGCACAAUGAACAUCACACGUUUUUUUAACCAAAUAUUCCAUCUUGAUCUCACAAGAAUUCGUAGCUAUUUUACAAGGUGGCUAAUUCGGAUGAUUUCGUAUGUGGUGAACCGUACUAAAAUGUACGAAUGAGAUCGCAAAGAUUCAUAUGAAUUAUCCAAAUUUUACCACAUCGUUAAAUAGUUACGUUUUUUCUCUGAGAUUGUGUUGAAUAUUUAGUGCAAUUGCGACUGUGUUGUCUUGAUUUAUUUCGUCAAAAAUGCCACAGAUAAACAAACAGUACUCAUUAAUUGUUACGAAUAAGACACAGGACGUCCGAUCCGGUGAUAGUUGGAUACUGUAGUUUACGCUUUCCUAGUUUAUUCGAAACUAAGAGAAUAUAUAUUUCCUGAUGAGAUGAAUGACUCAUAAUUUAUUUCAGGGAUGUCAUUUUUAAAAUUCAUUUAAAUGUUAUAGUUAAAAAAAGCCACAUCUAAAAACAGUCAUUGGUUUGGUUCACUUAAAAACUGUAUUUACUGUGUAAAUUAGCUGUUGGUAUCAAAUGAAAACCCAGCACAUGUUUAUGUACAUAUAAACGUAAUAUUGUUGAAAAUAAUGUGUAAUUUGUAAUAUACUGUAAGUGUAACAUAUUUCCCCAUGUACUGUCCAAUUGUUGCAAUAAAAGAUGUACUGUA